AUCUGUCCUUCGCAGUCAAGAAGCCAUGAGGUCUCUCGUGCUGUAUGCAGGUGUUGCGGCACUGUUGGCAGUGUGCCACGGUUGUUCAACGGGACAAGACUUCAUUGCAACAUUUCUUCCAAACUUCUACACAAAGACCAAAAGGCUCCAAUUAGUUCUCACGGCCAGAGAAUCAGAAGCCAAGGUCCUCAUUGAGGUUGGUUCCCUGAAGUUCUCCAAAGAGCUGACUCUGUCUCCAGGGGAAACCCGCUGGGUGUCUGUCCCACCAGGAGCACAGCUCCAGCAGGCCCAGAACCCUCCACACUCAGCGGUUCACAUCUCCUCCACUGCCCAUAUCUCUGUGGUCGCCUUCAACCGCCAAUCCUUCACCAGCGACGGCGCAGUGAUCACCCCUACAGACCAGCUGGGUGUGGAAUACAGGGUGUUCACCCCAGCCGGAGGCACUUUGGAAAAGCAACUGGCUGUCGUCAAUGGCAACAGUCCCAACAAGGUCACUUUCCAGCCAACAACGAACGUGAAGGUCAAAGGGUUGGGUUUAUGGAAAGGCGGGAGUGCAAUGACCUUUGUAUUGAAACCCUAUCAAACCUUCCUGGUUCAAAGCCUUACCACUCUGACAGGCAUGCAGAUUAAAUCACAGAAGCCUCUGGCAGUAUUUUUUGGCCACAAGUGUUAUGGUGCACCUUGUGACCACUUGUACAAACAACUACCACCGGUGAGCCAGCUCGGUAAAGAAUACAUGGUGCCCCCUGGCAUGAAAAGUCCGGCGGAAUCCUGGGUUGAGGUCGUUGCAACUGAGGACAACACGGAGGUGUCUGUGUACAGAGGGAAAGGCACAGAGAAAAGAAAAAUUAGCAAACUGAAGAAAGCUGGGGAGACCAUUUCGGAGCAGGUCACGCCCAACCAACCAUUGUUGGUGACGGGCAACAAGAAGCUGCUGGUGGUAUUCCUGAGCAAAAAAAGAGCCCAUGACCCCAUCAUGCUAGUGCUGCGUUCAUCAGACAGGCUCGCUAGUGCCUGGUCACUGGAGACCGUGGAUGAGAUGAGUAGCACCGCAGUAAUCCUCUCAGAGCGGGAGGGUCGCGACAGUGUCAAGGUGUGCAUAAAUUCCAGCUGUAGCUCCCCCAUGUGGAGUAAGCACCAGGCAGGAGCCAAGUGGUUCUGGGCAAGGGUGGACCUGGGGAAAGGGCAGAACCAUUGGACAGUGGACGGGGAUUCUGACAUGGUGGUGUACGUCUACGGGGGUUCACCUUACGAAGGAUAUGCAACCGCUGGAGUCUGUUCUGAGGCCCUCCCCCCUGUUGCACCCCCCCUAGAUCCUUGUGACGGGGUCUCAUGCCGAGAGAAGGAAGUUUGUUCAAAGGGUUCAUGUGUCCAUGUCUCCACGGCAACAUGCCAGGCGUUAGGUGACCCCCACUACAAGACUUUUGAUGGCCGUCGUUUUGACUUCCAGGGUACCUGCACCUACGUAAUGACAACAGUCGCUAAAGCAGACAAAGACCUGACGCCCUUCACUGUUACAACCAAGAACGAUCAUCGUGGUAACCGUAGGGUGUCCUUUGUUAGGACUGUGGUCGUCAACGUCUACGACCUGAAUGUAAUCAUAAGCAGACACAGAGGACGAGUCCAGGUGAAUGGAGAGCUAGUCAACCUACCAGUGAGUUUGUCUGGCGGUCGAGUCUCAGUGAAACAGCGCGGACAAUAUGCCGUGCUCACCACAGACUUCGGCCUGACCGUCAGAUACAACUGGAACAUGAGACUGUACAUCUCAGUGCCCUCGUCCUACUACAAGCAUCUCGGGGGCCUUUGUGGGAACUACAAUGGGGACAGAAGAGACGACCUGCCAACACCAGGGGGUGCAUCCAGUGUUCUCAAGAUGAUCAGUUCCUGGAAGGUGAAAGACGUGGACCCCUUCUGUCGGGAUACCUGUGGCGGGAAAUGUCCCUAUUGUUCUGAGAAGCAGAAACAUCACUACCUCAGACCAAAACUCUGUGGACUCCUAAAUAAACCAGACGGGCCAUUUGCUGUCUGUCACAAAACAAUAAACCCUGAAAUGUACAGUGCCAACUGUGUGUACGAUGUGUGCACCAAUCAAGGUGCUAGACACAUUCUGUGUGACAAUCUGAAGAGCUACAGCGAAGACUGCAUGUCUGAGGGAGUCAAAAUAAAUCCACUGUGGAGGGAGAUUGCCAACUGUCCCCUGUCGUGCCCAGCGGGGAGUCACUAUGAGGCCUGUGGCUCGGCCUGUCCCACAUCCUGCACGGACCGAGACACUGAGCAAACAUGCAAAUCCCCCUGUGUGGAGGGAUGCUCCUGUAACAAAGGCCUGGUGCUCAGUGGGGAUAGAUGUAUCCCUCAGUCCUCCUGUGGCUGCCAGCAAAAAGGACGAUAUUACCCACAAGGCAGUGUGUUCUGGGCCGACGACAAGUGCGGCAGCAAGUGUCACUGUGAUGCUAAAAGUGGGAAGAUAAUCUGCAAACCGGUAGGCUGUAAGACGAGCGAGCGCUGUUCCCUGAAGGGGGGGGUCCGAGACUGCUACCCGCUGUCCUCAGCCACCUGUCAGGGCACCGGAGACCCCCACUACAAAACCUUUGACGGGCGCCGCUACGACUUCCAGGGCACCUGCAUCUACGUGCUCUCCCAGACGGUCCAUAGUCCCCUCCCUGACCUCCUGCCCUACCAGGCUCUGGUCCAGAACGAGAACAGGGGCAGGAACAGGGCCGUGGCCUACACCAAGUCUGUUUCUUUGACUGUGUACAACUUCACCAUCAGCUUGAACAGCGACAGCCCGGGAAAAGUGCUGGUGAACAGCCGAUCAGUGAACCUGCCCUACACCGCGUUGGAAGGGAAGCUGUCCUUGUUCCGCCAGGGCAGCUUCUGCUUUGUGCAGACACACUUUGGCUUGACUCUGAAGUUCAACUGGAGGAGCCAUGUCAGCCUGACGGUGCCUAGCACCUACGCUGGCUCUGUCGAAGGACUGUGUGGUGAUUACAACGGUAAGGCCGGGGAUGACCUGCGGAAACCUGACAGGUCCCCGGCCAAAGGCCCUACAGACUUUGGGAACAGCUUCAAGGUUGGAGGGGACGUGGGGUGCACCAGCGAGUGUCCCGGGGGUAAAUGUCCUGUCUGCGAGCCAACACUGGCCAUACGUUAUCAACAGAAAGACUCCUGCGGGAUUAUCGCCAACAAGGCAGGACCUUUCAGAGAUUGCCACGCAAAGUUCGACAAUACAGAGUACCUCAACGACUGUGUAUUUGACCUUUGUGCGUACAAGGGCCACAUUACUGCCCUCUGCAACAGUCUGACAAGUUACCUGGUAGUUUGUCAAGCAGAUGGCGCUGUGGUGGAGAACUGGAGGACCCAACAAUUCUGCCCCCUCCGCUGUGGGGCCAACAGUCACUACGAAGCGUGCGCCGUGCCGUGCCCCCAGACCUGCGACGGCUUCGGCCCCGCGGAGGGCUGUGACGUGGAGGCCCCCUGCGGUGAAGGCUGUGUCUGUGACGAUGGAUUCCUGCUCAGUGAUGACCAGUGUGUAGCCGUGGCAGAAUGUGGCUGCCAGUACAACGAGCAGUACUACCGCAGUGAACAGGUGUUUUAUGGUGCGGACUGCAGGAGCAGGUGUGUCUGUCUUGAAGGACAGGUGAAGUGUGAUGACUCUUUCACCUGCUCAGCCAAUGAGAAGUGUGCUCUGGAGUCGGGCGUGUUCUCCUGUGUUCCCAAAACAACCGGCUCUUGCUCGGUGUUCGGGUCUUGCUCAGUGAGGACACUGGACGGAAAGUCUUACCCUCUUUGGGGAGAAUGUGGCUUCCUUCUAUCGGAGGUGGAAGAAAAGGCAGGAGUGAUUUCGGGCUUCUCUCUGUCAAUACAACAGAGCACCACUAAAGGAGGUCAAGUCUACCGCAGUGUGACGUUGAAGGCAUACAAUUAUGAGAUCACCAUGAGGCCGGGGGUUGUCUGGGAAGUCCUGAUUGAGGACAUCAGAACCAACCUCCCUCUGUCAUUGGACGACGGCAAGAUUGAGGUGCAUCAGGGUGGCAGUAGCAUCGUCAUAAAGACUGACUUUGGCCUCCAUCUGACCUACGACACUCUAGCAGGCGUCGUGCUGACGCUCCCGUCCACCUACGGCGGCGUGCUGCGCGGCCUGUGCGGCGACUUUAACGGCGAUCCAUCCGAUGACUUCGCGUUGGCCGGACAAACCGGAGAGCCGUCCGUGGGGGACUUCAUCGCAGCGUGGACCAGCAAAGACGUGCCCUGCAAGCCGGGAUGCAAAGGGCCGACCUGCACCGAAACGGGAAGAUCGGAGAACCCCAAAACAAAACACUGCGACAUUAUUAAAUCACCGAAGGGCCCCCUCGCAGGGUGCCAUGCGGCAGUGCCACCACUCCCCUACUUUGAGGCUUGUGUCAGGCAAGUCCUAUGUCCUAUUUCCUAUGUCCCAUGUCCUAUGCCCUAUGUCCUAUGUCCAAUGUUCAGCAUUUCAGAACUAGCAUUGACGUUACAAUUGACGUUAAUUGAUAACAUGACAAAUUGAGUCAGACACAUAAAG